UCGUCGUCGGGGGAAAGUAAAAACUGUGAAUAUAAAGUUUUCUUUUAUUCAAUGGAAGUGUGGUGUAGAGAAAAUGUUUAUCGGUCAUUAAAAACGUGGCAGGUGGAUUCAGAAGAAACCGAUAUUCCUUCUUUUAGAUACAUUCACAGAAUGAGCUAAAACCAAUGUUGCGACAUUGGAAUAAAAAUGGAAAGCGACCAAUUUAGAGGCGAGCUCAGAAACUUGAUUGACCUACUUUGAUUUUUCAAAAGUUCUGUUGGAAGCACCUCCUCCAAACGACGAUGGACAACUCGCUGCUGAAAGAAACAAUUUCCUUGAGCAAUAGAAACAUGUGUCGACUUUGUUUAUCUACCAAUGGCGUCACUGAGCCUAUAGGGUAUGGUGAUCAAUUCCUGUUGCAGAAAAUAUACGAAUGCACAUCCAUCCAGAUAACACCGUUGGCAGGUGUUUCCUCAGCGUUGUGUACGAUCUGCAGAGCUCGUCUCGAAGACUUUUAUCAGUUCCGUUGGCAGUGUAUUAAGAAUGAUGAAAUCCUCCACCGCAUAGCCGCUGGUGGAAGUAAUAAACCGCUUGAGUCUGGUGAAGGCCGCAUACAGUCGGAUAAUUCUGUCGAUUGUAACAAACGAUUACAAGAGUCUGCGUCCAUUUAUUCGACCAACCAUUCGAGAGCAGCUGGGCUGGUGCACCACACGGAAGCUAAGUCCCAUCAUCACGGAGUACAUUCAGUAGGUAUGCCAGCGAAUGAUGCGUACUCUCCAUUCGGUUCAAAAUACACAGAUCCAGCACAGGCUUGUCCACCUGUCUCUGAAACUGCCGUAAACUUUCGAAGAAAGCGAGGAAGGCCACCGAAACAACAAUAUGAUUUCGGACCAAAUGUCAUCAGCAAAGGGCAGACGCCGAUGAUAGGGGAGCAGUCACAAAGCUUGCAACGAGUUCCAGAAAACAGAUGGAAUAAUGUACCAGUCGCCACCGGCAACGUCUCGCAAAUGGAUCAAGAUACAUCGGGAAGUUCAAGUGAAAACCAAGAAGAACAAGAGUGGUUUAAGGUGAAGGUUGAGCAGAUUGACCAACAAACGUAUCCUUUGGGAAGCGACCAGCUGCAACACAUGCCACCGAUGAGUCAUAACACUCACCACAUGGAUGCUAGCCGGGCACAGGCAGAUUGUGCGCCUUCUACGCAGCUGAAUCAAGUGUUGGCUAGUCCAACUGAUUCUCGAAUACAAGCUCCUUUCGUGCAAACAGGCGUCAAACGGAGUCGUGGUCGACCGCCGCGCGAGGGUGGCUGUCCGAAUGAGGAUCGAGCAGAGUACCGCUUCCGCUGCCAAUAUUGCAGUGCACGAUUUAAAGCGGCCAUAAACUUGAAAUUACAUACGAAUACGCACACCGGCGAGAAACCAUACCUUUGUACAGUUUGCAACAAAUCCUUCGCCCAUCCAAGCAAUCUUAGUGUGCAUAUGAAGCUGCAUAGCAACCAACAAGCCGGGGUCGAGGGGCUGUAUCGUAGCACUCUGAAGGAUAAUGGUGAAAAGUCCGGCCCUUCUCCACAACCGGAGAAAAGGUUUCAAUGUCCUUAUUGUCAAACUAAUUUUGCGUUAGCCUUUCAGCUGAAAAUUCACAUUAAUACGCACACCGGUCAAAAGCCAUACGUUUGCAAGAACUGCGGCAAAGGGUUUGCGCAACCAAGCAAUCUGCACGUGCAUAGUAAAAAGCAUUGUAGACGGAAACAAGUUCCAUUUGGUGAUACGCGACCGAACGAAGGGCAAAGCAGUGAGAGCUACACACAUACGGUACCGGAAAAUACAGUGACGAUGCAAACAGUGGAAUCGAACAGAGGUGGUGAAUUGUCGUUCGGGAGGAGUUCCUCCUAUCAAGCUCAAGACUCUUCACAUUCCUCUUCGCACCAUUUAAAUAACACCUUGGAGGAAAAUCACCGAAAUAAUCACCCCGCAAUGAAUAGUAAUCAUCCUAUGUUAGUUUAGAACACUAUGGCAUUCCUGUUAGAGCAAUUUUCUAUAAGAAAAUUAUACCCGUAAUAUAUUGUACCUUGAAAUUAGUA